UUAUAAGUUUCUCUUUGUUUCAAACUCCAAUAACAUGUUGCUGAUCACCGAGUCUAUAUUUUAGGGUCACGAGCCUCAUACCACGUCACAGUGUCUUUUUUCCCUCCUCCGGUCCGUGAAGGCAGCACGAGCGCUGGUUUAUUAGCGCAGGACAAACAGCAGCUGGGACCAUCAGUGCACACACACACUCAAGUGUCCCGCUAACGUGCAGCACAGAGGACAACAUGUGAUGUAGAUCUUCACCGAUGGACGUUUACGACUCAAACUGAGAGGAAAGACACGUUUUGGACUUUUGUCCUGCAGAGACACAAACAGCCCGCCUCGGACGGACAGUCUGCAAACUCCUGGAGCAGCGCUACAAGAACUUGUGGAGGGCAGUUGGUUUUGUGUUUUCGUUGUGGGGAAGUUGGAGAGAUGUCUGAGCCAGAGAAGAGCGAGGACAUUCCUGAUGAGUCUGCAGGAAAAGGAAAAGGAAUUCCAAACGGAGGGAAUCCUGCAAAAAGCAAAGAGGAUUUCGACCUGGCGGCCAUCUACGUGUCGGACGCUCAGUACAACAGGAACAUCUACUUCGACACGUCGCCUCAGGCUGUGAGGCUGUAUCUGCGCUACAACCACUGGAUCCCUCAGGUGCUCCUCUACUUCUUCAUCCUGGUCGAUCUGUCUCUGGCCAUCUUCGAGGAGCCGGCCGUCUUCCCUCUUCCUGUAUGGGCCACCAUGCUGGUGGAGCUGCUCUGUCUGCUCGUCUUCACCAUUCGACUCGUUCACUACGCCAAAGUGAUCCCUCGAGACAAGUUCUGGAAAGAUCCCAAAAACAUCUGCAUCAUCGUCAUCGUUGUGCUCACUCUGAUCGAUAUGAUCAUCUACGGAGCGCUGAAGGCCACAAACUGUUUCGCUGUCCGCUGGUCCAGAGUCCUGCGCCCGCUGCUGCUGGUCAACAUCACAGAGGGACGGCAGCUCCGCAGAGCGUUCAGGAGCAUCCGGAACGCUCUGCCUCAGAUCUUCUACGUCUUCCUGCUCUUCAUGUUCAGCGUCCUCAUCUUCUCCCUCAUGGCGCUCAAACUGCUGGGCAAACGAGGUCUGAAGACUAUCGACGGACAGCCGUACUUCACCAACUACCUGGAGAUUGUCUUCGAUCUGUACGUCCUCGUCACCACGGCCAACAGCCCUGACGUCAUGAUGCCAGCGUACAACACCAGCUUCGUCUUCGCCAUCUUCUUCAUCCUGUACAUCCUCAUCAACACCUACAUCUUCAUGUCCGUCUUCUUGGCCGUCGUCUACAACAACUACAAGAAAUACCUGAAGGAGGAGGUACGGCAGCUGGUGAGGGCCAAAAGGCACAAGAUGGUGCGAGCGUUCGCUGUGCUGCAGGAGCAGCGAGAGGAGGGCGGGGAGCCCGUGGUGAGCCAGGCUAACUGGAACCAAGUGGUCCGACUGGUCCAGCCCGACAUCAGCAACGCCCACAGAGAGCUGCUGUGGAGCGUCUCUGAUGACAACAACCAGGGCUGCAUCGGUAAGGUGGCGUUCGUCCAGCUGGCCGACCUCCUGAACAUCGAGGUAAUCACACUCAAGUCCAGACCACACCCAUUCAACAGUGUGUGCCCCGCCCUCUACCAGUCGGCCCCCAGCCGCCUGCUCUGCCGAUUGGUCCAACACCGGGCCUUUGUGAUCGUGUACGACCUCAUCAUUCUGGUGAACGCCGUGUUCAUCGGCCUGGACGAGGAGAAUCCGAUGAUCGCGAACUCUGAGUGGGUCUUCCUGGCUCUCUACCUGCUGGAGAUCCUGCUGAAGCUCUACGUCUUCGAGCCCAGAGCGUUCUUCUCCAGACACAGCUUCUGGAACUGCUUAUCUUCAUCGCAGGUAAUAAGUAUGAGGUUUGACACCAUCAUCGUCGUCUCCGCUCUGAUCGCCACCAUCAUCAACUCGGCCAUGUCGUCAUCGGGGAACUACACCAGCCGUCAGAUCCUGGACAUCGUCUUCAUCCUGCGAGUCCUCCGACUGAUCCGGGUGGUGGACAGCAUCAAAAGGUUUCGUGCAAUCAUCAACACCCUGAUCAGGAUCGGACCGGCCAUCCUCACAUUCGGACAGCUGAUCAUUGUGGUGUACUACAUCUUUGCCAUGGUGGGGAUGGAGGUGUUCAAAGACAAGGUGAAGUUUUAUGAGGACUCCAGCGACCCGGCGAAGGCGUACUGUGGAAACAUGAAGCUGAAAGAUUCGGCCUUCGCACAACUCAACUACUGCAAGAACAACUUCAACAACGUGGUGUCGUCCUUCAUCCUGCUGGUGGAGCUCACCGUCGUCAACCAGUGGCACGUGCUCAGCACCGGCUUCGCCACUGUCACCCACAUGUCAGCCAGGAUCUUCUUCGUCCUCUUCCACAUCAUUGUGGUCAUCAUCAUCAUCAACAUCUUUGUGGCGUUCGUCCUGGAGGCGUUCUUCGUGGAGUACUCGGUGGAGAAGAGCGACCUGCAGACGUCUCUGGAGAGGAAGAUCGAGGAGCUGGAGUUGGCUGUGGCUCAGGAGAAGUUGGAGGAUAACUUGGUGAACGCCAUGGAAACCAUCGACAACGACCAGGGAACCGGCCAAUCAGCAAACAACAGACCCAACCUGAUGUUUAAAAUUGCUUCAAAAAGAUAUCGGACGGUGGACGCUCUGCUGCAGCGGAUGUUCGAGGCCGAUCUGGACCCCGAGGACUUUGCUGAGAACGACAACGAGACCAACGGGAACUUUGAGAACCCGGCGUUUGGCUCUGUGUAGACAUUAAUGUACAAAUCCAUAUGAAGGGAACCAGCUUCUAUCAUUCCUCUACAGUUUUAUACUCAUCUCACAUGUUUAAAUCUGAUGUUUAUCCAGUGUUAUAUUUUUAUAUUUCGGUCCUGUAGCUGUGUGUAGAAACACAUAAAGAAUAUUGACACCGUUUAUGUUUUAUUUAUUUCUGACCUCUUUUUGACAAAAACAAGUAAAGAUGUUUGUGUUUACAGAACAGGAGUGUCACAGUGAACACAGGCAGCAGAACAACAUCAGGAAACAUUAUGAUCUAUUUCAGCGUAAAAAAUAAACUUCUGCUGACGCUUUUAGGUGACUACACCAACAUGUCGGCUGGCACAUGAACACACACAGUGACUCAAAUAAUAGUGAAAGUGAUAAAAAUAGGACAAGAAUAACCUGAUGACAUCACACAUGUCAUGAAAGACGACCGGGGAUAAUUGGUGAGCACCAGCGUGUAGCGUGUCAUGUCUGUCGGCCAAGUCACGGCACGAUUUUAUGAUUUUUUUAAUGCACGUCCUGAGUCUGAAAUAUGUCUGUCAGCGAGUCCUACUCCACCUGUUCAGACUCCACCGUAGACAACGGCAGCAUUUCUCCGACCAGGUAGCGAGUCACAAGCUCCGUGGCUUCUUUCAGACUGAUAGGUUUAACGUUAUCUCCGUUAUUAGAACCAAACAACAGCCGUUGCUGUUUCGGAGCUGAAGGACCAGCGUUCUAAAAGUAACGGAAGUAACUGAUGUCUUGUUUGAAAAUGUACUUAAGUAUUUGAUUACUCAAACAGCAAACUAUCGCCUGCGUUAGGUUACUCAUUACUGCAAAAAGUAAUCAAAGUACUUUAAGUACUCUACACGUUAUAUCCAACUCUGAUCCCUGAUCUGAUCUGAUGCCCCUUUCGAUGUGAAGGAGCAGCGGCUCUACUCCGAGCUCCCUCCACAUGUCUGAGACUUUAUACAGACAGCUUUCAUUUCAGUUGGUCUUUAACAGUCUGCCGUUGGCCCCUCUAGCACCAUGUGCCUGUGUAAACCGUGACUGUAAAUGGUAACAGCGGUGCAUGAGGGACGGCGGACAUGUGGCUUUCUACAUGCUGAGCAGGUGUAUUGAUUAAGUAUUGGCUCUUACUCACAGCACUCACUCCUCAGUUGCUCUUCCUGAGCUUUCUACCAUUGUCCUUUGGACCUUCACAGC